UCGUCUCUAACAACAAUGAUAAAGGGAGUGCUCCUGAUAACGCGCUACCAAUAAUAAAUAUACGAUCAUAUUCGACCACGACAGCAAUCAUCGAAUUCUCCAUCGCCACAACCGUAUUAAAACAAAUUAAUUAUGAUGCUAACAACUGAACACAUAAUGCAUGGGCACCCCCACUCGUCCGUAGGGCAGAGUACAUUAUUUGGGUGCUCCACGGCGGGACAUAGCGGCAUUAAUCAGCUGGGCGGAGUAUAUGUUAAUGGCCGGCCGCUGCCCGACUCGACGCGUCAAAAAAUUGUAGAAUUGGCUCACUCCGGCGCACGUCCUUGUGAUAUUUCAAGAAUACUGCAAGUUUCCAACGGUUGCGUAAGCAAAAUUUUGGGCAGAUAUUAUGAAACAGGAUCAAUAAAACCUCGAGCGAUAGGUGGUUCAAAGCCACGCGUAGCUACUACCCCGGUCGUACAAAAAAUUGCCGAUUACAAAAGGGAAUGUCCCAGCAUAUUUGCGUGGGAAAUACGUGAUCGACUGCUUUCGGAACAAGUUUGCAAUAGUGAUAACAUUCCAAGUGUUUCAUCUAUUAACCGAGUCUUACGUAACCUAGCUUCACAAAAGGAGCAGCAAGCUCAGCAACAAAAUGAAUCUGUUUAUGAAAAGCUUCGAAUGUUUAAUGGCCAAACGGGCGGAUGGGCAUGGUAUCCAAGCAAUACAACGACGACACAUUUAACGCUACCACCAGCAGCUGCCGUUGCGACAUCUCCGGCCAACUUAUCAGGACAGGGCAAUCGGGAUGAUAGUCAAAAAAGAGAAUUACAAUUUUCAGUUGAAGUUUCGCAUACAAACUCUCACGAUAGUACGUCGGAUGGCAACUCAGAACAUAAUUCAUCCGGAGACGAAGACUCUCAAAUGCGGUUGCGCCUAAAAAGGAAGUUACAACGCAAUCGGACAUCAUUUUCUAAUGAGCAAAUUGACAGUCUCGAAAAAGAAUUUGAAAGAACACAUUAUCCGGAUGUUUUUGCGCGAGAAAGGCUUGCAGAUAAAAUUGGUUUGCCAGAGGCACGUAUUCAGGUUUGGUUUUCAAACCGACGAGCUAAAUGGCGUCGAGAAGAAAAAAUGCGAACUCAGAGACGAUCGGCUGAUACCGUGGACGGCAGUGGUCGACCCAGCACGGCAAAUAAUCCUUCAGGAACAACUACAUCUUCCUCCGUCGCAACGUCAAAUAAUUCAACUCCAGGAAUUGCCAACUCAGCAAUCCUUGUUGCCGAACGAGCAUCAUCUGCAUUAAUUAGUAAUAGCCUACCCGAGGUUUCGAAUGGACCAACUGUUCUGGGUGGUGAAGCUAAUGCUACACACACCAGCUCUGAAAGCCCACCACUUCAGCCAGCGGCACCACGGCUUCCCUUAAAUUCUGGAUUCAACACCAUGUACUCAUCUAUCCCACAACCGAUUGCAACGAUGGCUGAGAAUUACAACUCCUCAUUAGGAUCAAUGACACCGUCAUGCUUACAACAACGCGAUGCCUAUCCUUACAUGUUUCACGAUCCGUUAUCACUAGGAUCUCCCUAUGUGCCAGUCCAUCACCGAAAUACAGCUUGCAAUCCCGCAGCUGCGCACCAACAACCACCUCAGCAUGGCGUUUAUACCAAUAGUUCUCCAAUGCCAUCAUCAAAUACAGGUGUCAUUUCUGCAGGCGUUUCGGUACCUGUUCAGAUUUCAACGCAAAAUGUGUCUGACCUAACGGGAAGCAAUUACUGGCCACGUCUUCAGUGAUCGUCAAUCUUUGACUCACCAUCAGAUCUUUUGUCAAAGGCGACUGCUGCUGCAAUCGUUGCCGCACAAGCAUCUUCGGAAAGACAUCAACACCGAAAUGCGCAUUCAAUUGUUAGUAUACACACCACAAAAAGUAACAAAAACCCACCUAGUUUGAAAAGACAGACAACGUGC